AUGUCGAGCGUCAAGGACAUCGCUCUGUUCAUAAGUGAAGAGGAUGAUUACUGUACCAGGCCAGCAGGAGCACAAGAUUCUGACGAUAAAGACAGUGGGACCCAGGCGUUGUACACGGUGGACGACAUAGAGGAAGGGCUCCAACAGUUCGAAAGACAACGCCAUAUUGACGUUCCAGAACAACCCAAGUUUUCAGGCGGUAAUGGCAGUAUGGAACCAAUCUCAAUCCUAGAAAUGGUGACCAAAAACGAAUCUGCUGUCGAAGAGAAGUUAGGGGCGCCGCCUAACGGCACAGAUAGGCUGUACACCAUCGAGGACAUCCUCGAGGUUCUGGAGAUGGAAGACGGACACUUGUCUUUGAAAGACGAACAGGAGAAGUAUGUCGAUCUUAGAACGGAGGAGCCUAAGGAAACCGCCAAGAUGAUGAGGGACAGGUGCAGGAGACGGAUGAGGGAAGAGGAGCGCCGCAUCCGGAAACAGACGUGGAGGAAAUAUAGCCUGGAUUCCUUGAACAGUAACAGUGACAAAAUGUCUACUGGACUUUCAGGACAGAAACAAGAACGUGUGGACAGAACUGAUGACAAGGAGAGGCUAUCUGAGAGGCUUUCACAGCUCGGUGGAGAUAAGCAAGAACAGAUGACUGGAACUGAGGUCAAAAAGCUUGACCUUGUGCCGAAUGCUGAGAAGAACGGCGACGGAAAUGCUUUCUUAUCAAGAGGACCCGUUGAGAAAACAGUAGCCACACCUGUUCAUGACAGCGUUGGUAACUUCUCUGAGUCUCCACUCAGCGCAACACAACCCCUGGUGGACGAUAAAGUUUCUGCGGCACAAUCAAGUCAAGACGUUGUGAUAGGGGAUGGCUUUGAUAAGAAAAGCAGCACAAGCACAGUGUCUCUCCCUGAAAUACAAAAUGUGAUCCCUGAAGAGACCAAGAGCCGUUUCCACUGCCCCCUCACCGAGAAAACGCGACGCAUGGUAGGUAAUCAGCGCCCUCGUUCGUCUGGAUGUGGCAUUGCAGGUAUCCAAGUUCGUAGCGAAUACCCACGGCUAGAAUGUGAAACCAAGCAUGUACAUGGCAACGGUAUAAAGCCACCAGCUUGUAAAGAGGUCAAAUCAUCACCGGAGAGUUCAGAUUAUCGACAGCCUAUGGACGGGGUAUCCUGCAAAGAGGAAACAGUGACAGACUCACAAAAUCGUUUGAGGUCGGAAGAGGUUGACAGAUCUGCACAUGAGCAAAACAUGGGCAAAGUGAACUUGAAUGCUGGAGGCAAGGUUCGACGAUUUUUCUCCGGUUUUACAAUAGCCUGCAGACUGCUUUGUUGCGUCUCUGACACUAGUAGUUCAGAGGAAUGA